CCAAGCAAAGAUUAAAAGAAAUAAACACAACUGUUUCAGUUACAUCUAAUACCAUUUUAACUGAUGUGCAAAAAAAAGCUGCAUAUUAUCGUAAAAAGGCCAAAAAUAAAAAUAUGAAAAGAUCUACAAAAAAUUGGAUGAUGAAAUUUGAAGAAUUUCAUACUAGCUCUGGAUAUUAA